CAAUUAGCCUCUGUAGGUUGUAUUAUUAUAAGCAACAUAAUGCGCUUGUCCGAUGCACAAGACUCACACCAAGACUUCCUUGACGCCCAUAACGCGGCUCGUGAUGAAGUAGGCGUUGAGCCAUUGGCUUGGGACAAUACUGUGGCAGCAUAUGCACAACACUAUGCCAACAAACGCAUUCAUGAUUGUCAAUUGGUGCAUUCAGGUGGCCCUUACGGCGAGAACUUAGCUUGGGGCAUCCCUGAUCUCUCGGCUGUUGAUGCCUCCAAAAUGUGGGUCAUCGAGAAGCCUAAUUAUGAUUAUGAUUCUAAUUCAUGUGUUGCUGGCCAAAUGUGUUUGCACUAUACUCAAGUUGUCUGGCGAAAUUCACGUUUAAUAGGGUGUGGUAAGGCCAAGUGCAACAACGGUGCUACCUUCAUUGUUUGCAAUUAUGAUCCUCCUGGCAAUUUUAUUGGAGAAACGCCUUACUAA